AUGGCUGAAGGUAAAAGUCCUGAUGAUUUGGCAACAGCUAUUCUUCGUAAAAAAGAACACCCCAAUAGACUUUUGGUAGAAGAAGCUAUCAAUGAUGACAACUCAGUGGUUGGCUUAUCUCAAGCCAAAAUGGAUGAAUUAGAGCUCUUUCGCGGAGAUACAGUACUACUUAAAGGAAAACGCCACAGAAAAACUGUUUGCAUUGUACUAUCAGAUGAUACUUGCUCUGAUGAAAAAAUUCGAAUGAACAGAGUUGUUCGUAACAAUCUUCGAGUUAGAAUAGCAGAUGUUGUUUCUAUUCAGUCAUGCCCUGAAGUGAAAUAUGGAGUUCGUAUUCAUGUAUUGCCCAUAGAUGAUACUGUUGAGGGCUUAACUGGAAACUUGUUUGAAGUUUUCCUCAAACCAUACUUUUUAGAGGCAUAUAGACCAAUCCAUAAAAAUGAUGUUUUUAUUGUAAGAGGAAAAAUGAGAGCCGUCGAAUUUAAAGUUGUUGAAACCGAUCCUCAACCCUAUUGCAUCGUAGCACCAGAUACCGUCAUUCAUAGCGAAGGAGAUCCCAUAAAGCGAGAAGAAGAAGAAGAAGCUUCUAAUGCUGUCGGCUACGACGAUAUCGGGGGUUGUAGAAAACAACUCGCACAAAUAAAAGAAAUGGUUGAGCUUCCUUUAAGACACCCAAGUUUGUUUAAGGCCAUCGGAGUGAAACCUCCGCGAGGUAUACUUCUUUACGGUCCCCCAGGUACCGGUAAAACUUUAAUUGCAAGGGCCGUGGCCAAUGAAACUGGUGCAUUUUUCUUUUUGAUAAACGGUCCCGAAAUUAUGAGUAAAUUGGCUGGAGAGUCUGAGAGUAAUUUAAGAAAAGCAUUUGAAGAAGCCGAUAAAAAUUCUCCCGCUAUAAUUUUCAUUGAUGAAUUGGACGCUAUUGCCCCGAAAAGAGAAAAAACUCACGGAGAAGUAGAGAGAAGGAUAGUAUCGCAACUUCUCACUCUGAUGGAUGGAAUGAAAAAAAGCUCUCACGUCAUCGUAAUGGCGGCAACAAAUCGACCGAAUUCAAUCGAUGUGGCCUUAAGACGUUUUGGCCGUUUUGAUCGAGAAAUAGAUAUUGGCAUACCGGAUGCUACAGGGCGAUUAGAAAUUUUGCGCAUUCAUACAAAGAACAUGAAACUAGCUGACGAUGUGGAUUUGGAACAAAUUGCUGCGGAAACUCAUGGUCACGUUGGAGCCGAUUUGGCAUCAUUGUGCUCGGAAUCCGCCCUUCAGCAAAUUAGAGAAAAAAUGGAUCUAAUAGAUUUAGAAGAUGAUCAAAUUGAUGCACAAGUCCUUGAUUCUUUAGCUGUUACUAUGGAAAAUUUCAGGUAUGCUAUGGGUAAAAGUACACCCAGUGCAUUGCGAGAAACUGUUGUGGAAGUUCCAAAUAUUACAUGGGACGACAUUGGAGGUCUUCAAAAUGUCAAAAGAGAGUUACAAGAGCUUGUUCAGUAUCCAGUUGAACAUCCAGAUAAGUUUCUUAAAUUUGGAAUGCAACCUAGCAGAGGUGUUUUGUUUUACGGUCCUCCCGGUUGUGGUAAAACUUUAUUGGCCAAAGCUAUCGCCAAUGAAUGUCAAGCAAAUUUCAUUUCCGUAAAGGGACCUGAAUUAUUAACUAUGUGGUUCGGAGAGUCUGAGGCCAACGUGAGAGACGUUUUCGAUAAAGCUCGCUCGGCUGCUCCUUGCGUAUUGUUCUUCGACGAACUUGAUUCUAUAGCAAAAUCUAGAGGCGGUAGUUUAGGAGAUGCAGGUGGUGCUGCAGACAGAGUAAUUAAUCAAAUUCUAACGGAAAUGGAUGGUAUGGGAGCCAAGAAAAAUGUUUUUAUUAUCGGAGCUACAAAUAGACCGGAUAUAAUUGAUCCGGCAAUUUUACGUCCUGGGCGAUUAGACCAAUUGAUUUACAUUCCUCUGCCCGACGAGAAAUCUAGAGAAGCAAUUUUCAAAGCAAACUUAAGAAAAUCACCUAUCGCCAAAGAUGUUGAUUUGGGUUACAUCGCCAAAGUAACUCACGGUUUCUCAGGUGCCGACAUAACUGAAGUAUGCCAGCGUGCUUGUAAAUUAGCCAUUCGUCAGUCGAUCGAGGCUGAAAUAAGUAGAGAAAGAGAACGUACUAUGAAUCCUAAUUCAGCAGCUAUGGAGACAGAUGAAGAUGAUCCAGUUCCGGAAAUAACAAAAGCUCAUUUUGAAGAAGCAAUGAGAUAUGCUAGACGAUCAGUAUCAGAUAAUGACAUUCGAAAAUAUGAAAUGUUCGCCCAGACAUUACAACAAUCUAGGGGGUUCGGUACCAAUUUUAGAUUUCCUACUGCUGCAAAUAAUAAUCUUGGCCAGGGAACGGGAGGAGAUCAAGCUGGAAACUUUCAAGACGACGGAGACGACGAUUUAUAUAGUUAA